GGAGAGAAGUUCCCAGUGAGGCUUUGACGCUGCAGGGAGCUCUCGGCAGGGAUGUUCCCCGCCAGGGGGCAGCGCUGCGCUGCACACCGCAAGAAGCAGCCCGGGGACAGCGCCAGUGCUAAGAAGUUUUCCUAUGAACUAUUAUUGGAGGGUGGCUUGGAUUUAAUUUAUUUAUUUAUUGCAAAGAUUUAGUGUAGAGAUCAGAGUCGCUCGUCUGAGCUGACGCCCCUCUGGCUUGUCAUGUUGCCGUUUGGAGAUAAGACGAGAGAAAUGGUCAAUGCAUGGUUUGCUGAGAGAGUUCAUACCAUCCCGGUUUGCAAGGAAGGAACCAAAAACCACAGUGAAGAUUGCUCUUGUCCUGCUCAUCAGACUACCCGAGCUGAGAGCCCCAACCCUGGGACACCAGCAAGGAAAAUCUCUGCUUCUGAAUUUGACAGGCCUCUAAGGCCCAUCAUUGUCAAGGACUCCGUCGGAACCGUGAGUUUCCUUUCUGGCUCUGGAAAAAAGGAACAGAUGCCUCUGCAAUCUACAAGGAUUGGGACUGAUGCAGGAGAUCAGUGCUCAAGACUCUUAGAACUAGUGAAAGAUAUUUCCACUCACUUAGACGUCACAGCCCUUUGCCACAAAAUUUUCCUGCACAUCCAUGAGCUCAUAGCUGCUGACCGUUAUUCCCUUUUCCUAGUCUGUGAGGAUAGCUCCAAUGAGAAGUUUCUUGUCAGCAGGCUGUUCGAUGUUGCAGAAGGUUCCACCUUGGAAGAAGCUUCAAACAACUGCAUUCGCUUGGAAUGGAACAAGGGGAUUGUGGGACAUGUAGCAGCCUUGGGCCAGCCUUUGAACAUCAAGAAUGCAUAUGAGGAUCCCCGAUUCAAUGCAGAAGUUGACCAAAUCACAGGAUACAAGACUCAGAGUAUUCUUUGUAUGCCAAUAAAGAACCACAGGGAAGAGGUUGUUGGUGUGGCUCAAGCUAUCAAUAAGAAAUCUGGAAUUGGUGGGAUAUUCACAGAGCAAGAUGAAAAGGAUUUUGCUGCUUAUCUGGCAUUUUGUGGAAUCGUUCUUCACAAUGCUCAGCUAUAUGAGACAUCACUGCUUGAAAACAGGCGUAACCAGGUGCUUCUUGAUCUUGCUAGCUUGAUUUUUGAAGAGCAACAAUCUUUGGAAGUAAUUUUGAAGAAGAUAGCUGCAACUAUAAUCUCCUUCAUGCAGGUGCAGAGGUGCACCAUUUUCAUAGUAGAUGAAGAUUGCACUGAGUCAUUUUCUAGGGUGUUUCACAUGGAGUUUGAGGAAUUAGACGAUUCAGCUGAUGUCCUGAAGAGGGACUAUGAUGCAAACAAAAUAAAUUAUAUGUAUGCUCAGUAUGUCAAGAAUACCAUGGAGCCUCUUAAUAUACCAGAUGUUUGCAAAGACAGAAGAUUUCCCUGGACAAAUGAAAAUGCAGAAAAUGUAAACCAGCACAUAAAAAGUUUGCUUUGUACACCAAUAAAAAAUGGGAAGAAGAAUAAAGUGAUAGACAGUCAGAGUUCCUUGUUCUUUUUAUGGGUCUUUUGGAUGGCAGUAGGGGUUUGUCAGCUUGUAAAUAAGAUGGAAGAAAACUUGGGCAAAAUCAAGGCUUUCAACAGAAAUGAUGAACAGUUUCUGGAAGCCUUUGUCAUCUUUUGUGGCUUGGGGAUCCAGAAUACACAGAUGUAUGAAGUUGUGGAGAGAGCCAUGGCCAAGCAGAUGGUGACAUUAGAGGUCCUCUCCUAUCACGCUUCAGCCACUGAGGAGGAAACAAGGGAGCUGCAGGUAACAGCGACGGCUGUUGUGCCAUCUGCACAAUCUCUCAAGCUAACUGACUUCUACUUCAGUGACUUUGAGCUUUCCGACAUGGAGACAACAUUGUGUUCAAUUCGAAUGUUCACCGAUCUCAACCUGGUGCAGAAUUUCCAAAUGAAACAUGAGGUUCUUUGCAGAUGGAUUUUGAGUGUGAAGAAAAAUUAUCGAAAAAACGUUGCAUAUCACAAUUGGAGACAUGCCUUUAACACGGCCCAAUGUAUGUUUGCUGCUUUAAAAUCGGGUAAACUUCAGAACAAGCUGACUGACCUAGAGAUACUUGCUUUGCUGAUAGCAGCCCUAAGCCAUGAUUUGGAUCACAGAGGGGUGAAUAACUCUUAUAUACAGAGAAGCGAACAUCCACUGGCUCAACUCUAUUGCCACUCAAUCAUGGAGCAUCACCAUUUUGAUCAGUGCCUGAUGAUCCUGAAUAGUCCGGGAAACCAGAUUCUCAGCAACCUUUCCAUUGAAGAAUACAAGGUCACGCUGAAAAUGAUAAAACAAGCCAUUCUUGCCACAGACUUAGCACUGUACUUUAAGAGAAGGGGAGAGUUUUUUGAACUUCUACGAAAGAAGCAAUUUAACUGGGAAGAUCCUCUGCAGAAGGAGCUAUUUUUAGCAAUGCUGAUGACUGCUUGUGAUUUGUCAGCAAUAACAAAGCCAUGGCCAAUUCAACAACGGAUAGCUGAACUUGUAGCUACAGAAUUUUUUGACCAAGGAGAUAAAGAGAGAAAGGAACUCAACAUAGAACCAACAGAUCUAAUGAACAGAGAGAAGAAAAAUAAAAUUCCCAGCAUGCAAGUUGGAUUCAUAGAUGCCAUUUGUUUACAGCUCUAUGAGGCCCUGACACAUGUAUCAGAAGCCUGCUUCCCUUUACUGGACGGCUGUAGAAAGAAUAGGCAGAAGUGGCAAUCCUUAGCUGAACAACAGGACAAGAAUCUGAUUAAUGGAGAAAGCAAUCAGCCCAAGCGGAACUGAGAUUCUGAUUUAGCAAAUACAAGUUUGAGUUUACUCAGAUGAUACAGUAAUUUGGGGAUACUACAUUUUGCUAUACACUGUAGGCAUUUGGUGUAUUCUUUGCCACUAUUGUAUUUAAAAAUAUAUAUAUAUGUAUUUCCCCUGCCAUUAAAAGCAUAGCAUGACCAUUUUUAUGUGAAUGAUGUAUAAUGAUUGUAUAUUUCUUAUAUUUCAUUUAGGUGAGGUAGAAAAAUAGAACUGCAGAGUUAGUUUACUCUUCUCAGUUCUACACAGAGGUACAAGUACGGUUACUGGACUGCCUUUGAAAGCCUUUUACUUUACAGAUGUACAUAGUUGUUUAGUGUUUCGUGAGUGGCCAGUACCUUAAGGAUUACCAUAUAUGGCACUUUUCUUCCUCUUUUAUUCUUUGUUAUGUAACCAUACGUAAUAAGCAAUGUUGUUUAUUCUUUUGCAAGAAGCCUGGAGACAAAAAGGAGCUUGGGGAUUAAAAUUCACUCUAAAGGCCUAACCCAACAAUUGUUAUGCAGACAAAACUUUCGUUGAAAUCAAUGAGAGCUUCGUUUGUAUGGGAAUGCAGGAUUGGGCCUCAGUUGACAAAGCACAGGGACUUGUGUGAUAUACUGUACCAAUGCCUUAUGAUUUUACAAGAAUGUCUCAACAAAAUGGUCAUACCUUUUUGAGAAGUUUAAAAAAAAUACUGUGAAUUACUAAACAAUCAGGCACCUAAAUGAGAUUUGCAGUGGAAGUGCCAAGAAAUUACACAGAGAUGCGAAAACUACUCAGUGAAAUGAUACGAUAGCACAACUCACAAGGUAGCUAACAGGCUGUCUGGAAGAACUUGUCAGACACAGGGCUGGGAGAAACAGAGAAUGGAUGUGAAGAGAAGUAAACUGAGCUAACCAGGAUCACUAUUGAGCUGCUGAUAAUAUGUUCAUACUGCAGCUGAGUUUAAUGUCAUCAUAACCAACAAACUGACACAAGAGAAGGAAAAGCAGAGGAGAAUGUGAUUAUGAAAGCAUGUGAUGAAAAAACUGGCUCAUUCAAGAAUAUGAUCUGGAAAAGAGGAUGUUUCUGGAGAUUGUUAGUGAGUCUGAUUCAUUAGACUAGUAGCACUAAAAAAAUGGCCAUGACCACUUUGAAGGCUUACUUGAGAUUGCAAAUGUUAACUUUGCAAACUAGAAUGUUUUUAUUUAAAAAAAUAUUUUUAGCACUUAUUCUACUAGGUACAGAUUUUAACCAGAUGAAGUCUUAAAGCAAUAAGUGAAAGGAAGACUGAAAGCAAAAGCAAGUCAGAAUACUGCAGGGACUUAAAAUUUUUAUUUGAGGCAUAAAAAGCAUUCAGAGACAGUGGAUUUGCAGCAGAUAUGGAGGAAAUAAUUUUUUUAACAGUGGAAAUGCCUAAUAAAAAUUCUUUUUAAUAGGCCACUUGGCAUGAAUUCAAGAAAGAAUAUGGACAAGACAAACCCCAAAACACUAGAAUAAAGGGAGCACAAUUGGCAUGUGUAGCCAUGAUCAGUAGAUUAAAAAUGAGACAAGGGCUCAUAAGACUUCUCAGUAAUGCAGAUACAACAUUGGCUAUGUAGAAACCCACAAAGAUGAUGAUUUUCAUAUCUAUAACAGUAGUGAUGGGCAAACCUCAUAUAUUUCAGAACGUGUAUUCAGUUUGCCUGAACCACUUAAGCCCAUGCAAUUUUAGUUGGAAACUGCAAGAAAUCUUUUUUCCCCAUGAGAUUUUCAGUACCACCUGCUUUCAGUUAAUCUGGAAACGCUGUGAAAACAGCCUCUGUUUAUCAUCCCUCCUGCUUCUGGUCUUAGAAGGAAUCAAAAGAGACAGAGGCACUCAAAUAUGAAAAAUAAUAGAUAGAGGAAAUGUUAAGUAAAUGUUUCAGAAUCUUUCAAAAUAUUAUUUGAUUCUAGAAAUAAGGAAAUGUAGAGGAGGCUGUUCUUGUUGUUUUCUGCGGCAUUUCAAUCAACCCAGUUAGUAGCAACUGAUUUAACUCUAGUUUAAGAUCCCCUAUGAAUGUCAGUACAUUAUUAUUGCAGCCAAAUUUGAAAACAUUUGCCUAUGAAAAAAAUAUUUUUUCUAAGCUGUCGCUCAAGUUUCCAUAAAUCCGAUGUAUAAUAAUGAACAAUUCCUGGGGUAUUAUGAUAUGCAGUACUCUAUGUGUAUCUAUGCAUACAUAAUAUGAGGGGUGUGUAUGUGUGUGUAUAUAUAUAUAUAUAAUAUAAAAUAUUUUAUAUAUAGGCACAAACACAGUCAUCAUCAUUAAAAACUUGUCAUUGCUCCUUAGAUAAAUAAGAUUACCUCAGGAUGUGCAUAUUCCUGUAUUCUCCUUUUUAUUGUAGGAAUUUGCAUACUGCAGUUACUGAAGUAAAAUUAUUUUCUUAUCUAAGCCAUUUAUUUUAUAUAUAAUAUAUGUGUGGAUAAAAUAUUUAUAGGUUUAUUCUUGCUAGUAUGAUCGAGAGCAAAACUUGGUUGGGGAUGACACAACAAAUCAACUAUAGUGAUAAAACUGUUAGUGAUACAACAUUAAUAUUAAGAACCCAACUAUUAUGUAUCUUAUUUGCUGUACUCUGUGGGUGUAUAACAGUUUUUUCAUGGCCUGAUUUAUAUUUUUAAAUAAUGCAAAAGAAUGCUGGAGCCAUAUCUUUGGCAUAACAAACAUGUAAAUAACACAUAGCCAUUAUUUUUUACUUCCACUGACAAAUAUACACAGUUAUAUAGUAUUUGCAUAUAAUUAAGGUAUACAUACAUCCCCACAAAAUCUCUCCCUAUAGGAGAAAGUAUAUGUUGGAACAAAUGUAGACUUCUAUUCUACAUAAGUUUUUUUUCAAAAUAUUGUCCUAACAUACAUGUAUCUGUAUUUAUUUAUUUUAAAAAACCACAUACAAACUCUUUAAAACUACUGGUUUAGGGCCUUAUGUUUUAUGUAUUUUAGGCAAAUUCAGAGCAUGAUCAGGGCAUUAUAUUGUGUUUCAGUCUGCCUGAUUGCAGUUUUUGCUUCAAGGCUCUAGCAUGGUUGGUUUGUGUGCAGAUAACAGAUAUUUGUUGUCUUUGAUAACAUAGGUGACCAUAUACCCUGUUUCCCCGAAAAUAAGACAGUGUCUUAUAUUAAUUUUUGCUCCCAAAGAUGCGCUAGGUCUUAUUUUCAGGGGAUGUCUUAUUUUUCAGAAAUGAAAAAUGCCUUAUUAUCGGUGGAUGCCUUAUUAUCGGGGAGGUCUUAUUAUUGGGGGGAUGCCUUAUAUUACAACGAGAGGCAAAACUGUAAGUAGGCCUUAUUUUCAGAGGAUGUCUUAUUUUCGGGGAAACAGGGUAGGUAAAUAAUGGUUCUCUGCCUGAAAUACAUUGUACAUGAAGAUGGAAAUUUUCAAAGCCAACUAAUGUAUUUAGCUGCACAGCUAUCAUUAUUUUCAUCAGGAGUUGUGUCUAACUGCCUUAGUGAUCUGUGAGCCAAAUUCUACCCUGAUUUACAGCCUGUGCACCCAGUGGAGUCAAUGGGAAUUGUACAAUAUGCAAAUUGGGAUAGAAUUUAAGCCUCUGUUGGCCCAAUCCUGCUCCCAUUGGAAUCUUCAGGAAUUUUGACAUUGACAUCUUUGGGAGCAGGAUCAGGCCCUCUGUGUUCUUCAUAUUGCUUUGAAUCAAGAUACCAAGAAAGACCAGUGCUAAUGUGAGGCCAAAUUUUGCCCUCAGAUGUGCAUGCACACUCCCAUUGAAAUCAAUGGAAAAUGUGUUCUCACAUCCCAGGGCAAAAUUUAGUCCCUUAAUACAGACCUUUGUUUCUUCUUUACUUCCCCUUAAAAAAAAUAAUCGUAUCACAUAUAUUAACAUUCACCUAAAGAGUGAGUGAUCCUGCUCUUCUCCUUAAAAAAACAUGGAGGAUCUUAAGCAGAAAUAAUAAAACCAUCUAUUCAGCAAGUUACCAUCUCUGUAAUACAGUAUUAAGUGUAGAACAAACAGGUUUCCUAUUAUUUCGCAUGCAGUAAAAGCAGCUAAGGAAAAUCACACAAUAGAUUCUUAAUAGCUACUUAUUUGUACUGUUGAUUAUAAAUCAAUAGCAUCUCGUCAACCAGUCAGUCUCUAAUGUCUCCCAGCAGUCUGAAGUUAAGUGGGUCACCACAUGCUGCUUUCAGAUGGUGGGGAUGCUGACAGGCUAUUGAUUGUGAGUUCUUUCUCUCUGUGAAACAUUCAGUAGUGGCAGGGCUCUCUCUCUCUUUACAACAAUGGGUUCAAUUUUUUAGAAGCCUACUUUUGCCUCGUGCACAUGCAACCCAAGUGCAUGCAAAGGUGAGUUUUUGAAAAUCCAGCCCAAUGUAUUUCAUUUGGGGGUGGCUCUGAGAUGCCAUGUUCAGGUGUGGAAUCUAAUCCAGAUCUAAGCUUCUUUAGUUUCAGGGGCAUCUGGUCCCAGUAUUCUGGUUCAGCACAUUAGAGAAGCCUGAAGUCAGGUAGGUCAAAUCUAGAUCCUAAUAGUUUAUGGGGCGCUGAACCAGUGUUUUGGUUUGAUCUCAUCGCAAUUGUGAACCAGAAUCAAAGCAGAGAGUGCUGACUCGUGCAAAUGCAAAUGAUUUAUAAAUUAUGAAGCUGUAAGGGAGUAUCUCUUAAAGCCCUGAUCCUGUGGGUAGAAAUUUCAUUAGCUUUAAUUGGGAGUUUGGCCUGUGUGAGGGUUGUAGAAUAGUCCCCUCCAUGACUAAUUACGUGCAGUCUACAUUCCAUAAGCACUCUGCUGUUUCUAGAAUAUCCCUGAUCUGUAACAAUCACCCUCAUAAGAACUCUCCAGACCUCUGCAUUGUUUUAAAAGAUGGAUCUGAGCCUUUUUGUUUGGACACUCACAGAAAUGAGAGCCAUCAUCUGAGUCAGGUCUGGAUAUUAGUGAUAUUUUACUAGAUGCAGCAAAUUAUGAGAUCAGGCUAAUUCUAUGUUCCGCAUUGCUAGCUGAAUGAAAAUUGCAUGGAAAGCCUUGUUUUCCACAAAGAGAGGUUGGUUUCCAUAGAGAAAUUCAUAUCUAAGCACCAUUUGUAAAUGUAUAUUAAUUAAGUGUGUUAAACAGUAACUGGCUUCUGUUAACUGCUGCACCAUGAGCUCGUCCAUUCCAUGAUAUAGGGUCUCUGAUCAAAUGCCCACUUGAAGUCAAUGGAAUGAUUCCCAUUAACUUCAGUGGAAGCUGGACUGGGCCCCAUAGAGAGUUGCAAAGCGGGCCAAAUUUAUCUUUAUUCUUGACUAUACCGAUAAAGACCCUGGACCAAAUUCUUGCCCUCAGUGACACCUGCACAAUCUAUAGUUCAUUCAGCCAGCCCCCAUUGACUUCAAUGGUACCACACAGGUGUAACUGAAGUUAGAAUUUGAGCCUUCUGUGUACAAACAUGAUAGACACAUGCACGUGUCUGUUAAAGAAUGUAGUGUGAAAAGCACUGUACAUAGUUUAAAAAUAAAUUUCUAUUAUAGUUUAAUAAAAGGAAUCGUAAUGAACUGUCACUUGCCACUGAGCAUGUCUAUUUGUAUUCUUCUACCUUUUCAAACAUUUUAACAAAUAUAUAGUUUCUGGGCACAGUAUUUUUGUAUUAGGCUAACAAGGUUACUACGUAUAUUAUGUUCAGCUUUUAAGUAGUAUUAAAGUCUUUUGAAUGUUGACUUGUUCUUGCUUCUUCAAUUUUCCCCACUACAUAGUUAUUCAGCAUAACUCUCUUAAGUUAGUUAACAGAAUUGUUUGUCCUAGUUACUGUAUAGUUGAUAAAAGAAAGAAUAUACAGCUAGGUGAUUUUCUAUGAUCAAACUGCUACUCAAGUACUUAUUUCCUCAUUCUCUUCUUUGUAUUGUUUUUCAUGAUUUGUAAAAUAAAAAAAGGAAGAUGUCAACUA